GUCCGAUCGAGGCGGCGGUGGCGUGUGACGCCAUGAAUGCCCAGUUGGAAGGACAGCGCAAGGACGACGACGUGGACGCCGAGUAUGAAGAGCUGAUUCCACCAGAGAACUUUGCUAUGGUCGAGAGAGGCCUGUACCGAAGCGGGUUCCCGAAGAAGAAGAACUUUCCGUUCCUCAAGACGUUGGGCCUCAAGUCCAUCCUGACUUUAGUUCUGGAGGACUAUCCGCUGUCCAACACAGAAUUCAACAAACUCCACAACGUCACGCUGCUGCAAUUCGGCGUGCCGGGAAACAAAGAGCCGUUCGUGGACAUUCCUGAGAAAGGCAUUGCCGCCGCGCUCAGUGCCGUUCUUGAUCAACGGAAUCAUCCGAUGCUAAUCCACUGCAACAAAGGAAAGCAUCGCACGGGAUGCCUCGUCGGGUGUUUGCGCAAGGUCCAGCGAUGGGCGUUCAGCUCCAUCUUUGACGAAUACAUUCGAUUCUCACACCCGAAACCACGCAUGAUGGAUCAACAGUUUAUCGAACUCUUUAAGACCGAGCUCGUCAAGGAAUCCGCCGACAGUCGACCUGCAUGGCCAGGAUUAUAAAUGCCAUCGCAAUCCAAGCAAAAAAACACGCGUUCACAUAUCGGAGGUCGGCUACAUUUGCGUUUGCAGGUCGGUGGCCGGUCGCGUGGUUCCUUU